AUGCAGCUGAAAAACACUCACUGGGGAAUGCAGACGGAGCUAUUUGAUAUCCUCUUUUCCAUCUACGCCUUCAAAAACGCGCCCGACGGCGGCGGCGGCGGCCAGAGCCCGUGCGGCGCGGAUCGCGAGCCGCCUGAGGGACGCCCGAUGGUGCCGCGCGGCGACGGCGGGGGAGGUGCCAGGCGCCUUGUGCAGCUCGCGCUGCGCUCGCCCUCGCGGAGCCUGCGCCUCUGGCUGCUGCUGCUGCUGCUCCUGGCGGCUCUCGGCCACGCGUGGACCUACCGCGAGGAACCUGAGGAGAGCGACAGGGAAGUGUGUUCCGAGAGCAGAGUCGCCACCACCAAAUACCCGUGCUUGAAGCCCGGCGGGGAACUCAGCACCUGCUUCAGAAAAAAGUGCUGCAAAGGUUAUAAGUUUGUUCUUGGACAAUGUAUUCCCGAAGACUAUGACGUUUGUGCAGAUGCGCCUUGUGAACAGCAGUGCACCGACAACUUUGGUCGAGUCUUAUGUACGUGUUACCCUGGUUAUCGGUAUGACCGUGAAAGACACAGGAACCGAGAAAAACCCUAUUGCUUAGAUGUUGAUGAGUGUGCCACAAGCAGUGAGCCUCUCUGUCCUCACAUCUGUGUAAAUACUCUUGGUAGCUAUCGAUGUGACUGUCACGAAGGAUACCUACGUGAGGAUGAUGGGAAAAUAUGCACCAAAGGAGAUAAAGGCUUUUCGGAGAAGGUGGACAAUGUGGUGAAACCAGGGGCUUGCUGUGCCUCCUGCCGAGAAUUCCACCAGAUCAAGCAGACGGUAUUGCAGCUGAAACAAAAGGUUGCUUGGCUACCAAAUAACGCUGUUGACCUUAACAAACCAAUCACAGGAGAAAAAGUACUUGCAUCCAAUGCUUAUGUACCUGGCCCUCCUGGACAGCCAGGGGAUCGGGGUCCUCCAGGGGUUGCAGGUCCAAAAGGGAGCCCUGGAUUUCCUGGUUCCCCUGGUCCUCCCGGGGUGCCAGGCCCUAGAGGAGCCAUGGGGCCGAUGGGACCAUCUCCAGACCUCUCACACAUUAAGCAGGGCAGAAGAGGGCCUGUGGGUCCUCCAGGUGCACCAGGAAGAGAUGGAGCAAAGGGUGAAAGAGGUGCACCAGGAGAAAAGGGCCCACCUGGGCCACCAGGUUCCUUUGACUUCUUGUUGUUGAUGAUGGCAGAUAUCAGGAAUGACAUUGCUGAGCUGCAAGAGAGGAUCUUUGGACACAGGACUCAUUCAUCAGCAGAGGAGUUUCCACUACCUCAGGAAUUUGCUAAUUACCAGGAUGUGGACGUUGGAUCUGGAGAAGACUAUAAACAGAGGACUAUACCAGAAGACUCCAGAACAUCUGAAGAAGGCAAUCAUUAAAAAACAAAAAAAGGACCUCUGCUUUGGAAAGAGUGAGAAGGGGUUGGGUUGUGAUCCAUAGGUCACUUAAGCCAGCUUAUUUGCACGCACCUCAGCUUAGCAAUAGAAAAAAAAUAAGUGGAUUGUAAGACUAUGUGUCAGGAGGGUUACUACAUUCCUUUCCCUAAACAUUUUGGCCCAGACAAACAAUGAGGCAAGGAAGGUUAUUCAUGAUGCUAUGUCAAAGUCUUGUCUUUCAGUAUCUUCCUGUGUCAAAGAGAUUUCUGGCUUUUUUGCCUCUCAGGGUGCUUGGGAAUUUUUGGGGGAACUUAUUGAGGUCCUUUUGAGCUUACUUUUAUUACCUGCCCACACUUCCCAAUCUGAAGAAGCCCUACAAGAGGAUUAACAUACGGUGGUACCUUGGUACUCAGCGUUAAUUCGUUCUGGAAGGUGCGACAGGUACUAAAAAGGAUGAGUCCCAAACCACAUGACCUACAAUGUGAUCCUUUGUUUUGGGAAGAACUUUCUGACUCUCCCUUUUCCUAUGUCAGUGACCUUCCCAGCAUGGCCAAUUUCCUGUUCACCCUCUAUGGCUGCCUCCUCCAAUGACCUUCCCAGCAUGGCUGACUUCCUGUCUGUUUCUCAUGGUCAUCUCCCUCUUCUGAUAGCAUGCAUCAAAGACUAAACAAAGGCCGAGUACUGAGACAUUUUCACAUCAAAAUGUAUUGAAAAUGAAAUUCGAUGAGUUUUGAAGCAGUCAAGUACCGAAGUACCACUACAGUGCCUUUCCUUUGGAUUUAAUGAAAGUGUAGGAAGCAGGAACUGGAGAGCUGGCUGUACAAUGGAACACCCAUCAGAAGAACAGGACAAAGUCAUCUUAAUUCAGAACUUUCUUACAAUGGCCAAUCAGUUGCCUCUCAGGUGCCCACAAAGAAGAGACAGAAAAAUGCCUUUUUUUUUUUUAAUUUGAUUUAUAUGCCGCCCUUCUCCGAAGACUCAGGGCGGCUUACAAUGUGCUCAGCAAUAGCCUUCAUCCUUUUGUAUAUUUAUACAAAGUCAGCUUAUUGCCCCCACAAACUGGGUCCUCAUUUCACCUACCUUAGAAAGGAUGGAAGGCUGAGUCAACCUUGAGCCUUGGCGAGAUUCGAACCCUGCAGUAAUUGCAGGCAGCUGGUCUUAAUAACCAGCUUAAUAACAGGGUGCCUUAGACCACUGUACUACCAAGGCUCUUUUCUACCAAUCUUCCCCUGAAGACAUAUUGGCCUCAAUUAAGUAACAUUGCAUCUUCAUCAUGAAUAGCUUUGAUGGUUCUGUCCUCCACGAACCUAUCUAAUACUCCUUCAAAGACACCCAAGAGAAUGACUAUUACUAUUUCUUGUGGGAGUAGACAUAUGAAUUUUACAAGAAUUUACUUAUAAAAAUUUCAUUGGAAAUUCCUUUUUCCUUGGAGGGAAAAAAUGGUUUUCAUCAAAUUGAAUGAGAACUAAUAGCAACAGAAAAGCGGCAAAAUCUUUCAGCAUAGCACAAGUGAUUAUCACCCAGAGGAAGUCUUUGUAACUAGAAAGUCCCACUGAAAAUUGUGUAUUUGAAUGUUUUCUCUAGAAAAAAAUAAUCUUCCUUUUAUUUGGAAACCACUAAAACUUGCUCUGCUACGAAAGAAAGCUUCUGUAUCGCUGUUUCCUUUAAUAUGCAAGAAUUGGUUAGUUGGAGCACUCAAUCAUUCGAUCCCUCAUUGAUGCUUGAGGCACUAGAGCUAGUCCUCAAUUUAUGACCAUAAUGGGAACCUACCCAUUAUGGUCGUAAGUCAUGAGAGCCGUAAAGCAUAAAACAUAACCAAUCAGAUUCUAAGAUCUUUUUUUGCAAUGGUCGUUCAGUGAAUAGGUGAUGGUUAAGCUGUGGGGCAUUUCUAUCCCAAAGCAGAAGUAAACAUUGGUUUUCAGCAAAAAUGUUAUAAAUCAUGGUCAUGUCUCUAUAGGACACGUCAAACAGCCGUAAAUGUGGGCCGGUUGCCAAAUACCCAAAAUGUGGUCAUGUGACCAUGGGAGGUCAGCUGUCCGAAUCAGGUCUAUCUGCAUCAUGCAAUAGAUUAAUAUCAGCACAAUAGGGGCGAUCUCACAUCUGUAAUAGCAAAUGUUCUGAAAGAGGCAAGGAUACUCCAGAUGCAUCAGUGUAACACUCCAGGCAAAGAAACCUGGAUGUUGGCCACAGUACUGUGGCUGAAACGGUCUGUAGAUUGCACUGUUAAAAAGUUGUACUCUAUUUUAAACAUGCACUGAUAAUGUAUAAAGUUAUAUAAAUAUUUUAUUGUCCAACACUUUUUCUUCUGUUUGAAUUUGACUCUUCCUUCUUCACCAGUGAAAUUAUUUUAGCUGUAUGCACCUGAACAUAGAACCAGAUGCAAAAUAAGAUUUAAACAAUUUACCUGCAAAAUAUCCUCAUUGUGGACAGUCUGAAAUAGUAUUUCCAAACCUCAUAACUUACAAUUUAGUCUAUCUGUAAUUAAUUCAGUGUUUCUUCUUGUAAUAGUGCAGCAAGAUGGGUCCCUCCCAGUUGCCUCUUGUAUCUUAAUCAUUGUGUCUCCUGCUAGUGGCACCUGAUGAGGGAAAGUCUUUAACUGGAGCUCCACUGUCCACUCCUGCUUCCUACUGGCAGGUCUCUUGUAAGGAAGAGUUCAACAGUACAAUAAUGAACCAAUUGAAUUAGACGUCUGGAAUUGUAUUGGACAAUUGAUGGGAAGAUUAUAUAAGCCAGAAUUAGAAAUGGAAAGAUUACGUGUGUUUAUGAAAUCAAGCCCUCUUGGUUGCCAUAGAGGUUAAACAUAUGCUCUGUUUAAAUCAUGCCAUUGCUAUUUUAUUAAUGCCAAUUUAAUCAACUAUUUUGUAACACUAUAACAAGACAAUCACAGGUAUAUUUUUGCUCUCUCUUUUUAAGCUGUAGUUUAACAUGUCUGCAAUAAAACAGUGGCUGGGUAGUAAAUGCUUGUUAAAACCACUGUCCCAAGGAUGCUUAUGCAAUGCUGAGGCCAAAUUCCAUUGGAAAUAAUGGUAAAUAAUUUUGCUUCCCAAAAAGAGAGGGAACCUCUCAACAUUUCUGCCACUGGAGAAGCCCUGUGUAUUUACAGAAAGCUCUGUGGUUGCAUUGUUGGAAGGAUGGCUUAAUUAAUACAACAGUACAAAUUGAUAAGACGUGGAGUUUAAGAAGUCCUGACUUUUUCAGCUCAUUGGCAUACUCUAAAAUUAGACAUCAUUCAUUUCUUUAAGGAGACCACAUUUUAAAAGCCAAAAAGGAUAUUAAUAUGAUAACAUCUUUCCAUUUGGCACUUUGAUUGGAAUGACACGAGUAAUGCUUGGAAAACACAGUUCCUUUGUUACAAUCUUUUCCUUUUGUACCCUGUGUCCCUGAAAAUAAGACCUAGCAUGCUUUUAACAUGUGCAUCUAAUAUAAACUGCCCCCCCAAAAAGUAAGCCCUACUUAAGAACUUGCAUCACUGCCCACCCAUUCUGUCUGGUUGCUCAGUGAUGUGGCCACAAACUUACGCUGGGGUGUGGAGCUGCCCUACGUGCCCUGCACCGGCUUACCUCAAGGCCGCCGCAGCCCAUCCACACCCUGACAUCUACCUCGCAGCCAUGUGCAGCAGGAGCCCACGUGGCCCUCGACCCACUUCUGCUCGCUCGCGGCCACAAUGGAACAGGAGGUUGAGUGGUGUGUUGUUGCUGCGGCCACGAGGUGAAGUAGAUAGUGUGUGGCUGGCCUGGCUGUGGGGGCCCUGAGGUAAACCGGGGCAGGGCGUGUGAGGCAGCUCCAACUCCGCUUUAUGGUGGCACUGGCGCAGCAUGUGGACUCACCACAAACAAGCAGAAGAAGUGGGCCUCCCGUACUUGGAAAAAGAAUAAGACAUCCCCUGAAAAUAAGCCCUAAUGCUUAUUUUGGGGCCCAAAAGAAAAUAAGACCUGGUCUUAUUUUUGGGGAAACACGGGUAGGAUUGCUCUGUAAAUAUAAAUAUUACUAUUCAAAGCUGAUAAUUGCAUGGAAGGGUUCACCCCAUGAAUGGCUGAAGUCUAAAACUUUCGCCCAGAUUCCCUGAGUUCACAGGCACCUCCUGUCCAAUUCCGGUAAAUACAGGUAGUCCACGACUUAUGACUACAGCGGGAACCAGAAUUUUCCGUUGCAAGCAAGGUGGUUGCUAAAUGAGCUGCAUCUGAUUUUAUGACCUUGUUUGGCACAAAUCCAGCUUCCCCCAUGGAGUUUGCUUGUCAGAAGCUGGGUUGGGAAGGUCACAAAUGGCAAUCACAAGACCUGGGGAUGCAGCAACCGUUAUAAAUACAUGCCGUUUGCCAAGUGCCUGAAUUUUGAUCACAUGACCAUGAGGAUGGCUGUAAGUGCGAGGACUGGUUGUAAGCCAUUUUGUUUCAAUGCUGCUAUAACUUUGAACGGUCGCUAGGCAAAUACCAUAGUUGCAAGUCAAGGACUACCUGUAGGAUCACAGCCUCACAUUUUACACAUGGUUGUUUCCCACAAGAAAAUGAAAUCUAGUAUUUCUCCAAGUACAAACAUUAAAGGUUUUUUGGCUUGGUAUUUCGUUAUUUGGCACAGAAUACAAAUAUGGGUAAUUAGAAGCAGACACUUAAGUAUAACUUUACUGAUUAAUCAAUUGAUCAUUUCAAAGCAAUGGGCAUCUGCCACAAGUUAAGUAUUAGUAGUGAAAGAAGAGGACAAAGUAAUAGUUUCCAUUUGAGUAAUCUCUUCAGAUUUUAAGGCGAUCUCUGCCUAUAAUCUGAUGAAUAAAUUCUCCCACAGAAUCCUCAUGUUAAUGAAAGAAUGAUUCUAGAGCAAAACAAACUUAAUUGACCAUAAAUUUCUAGGAUUAUAUGCUAUCAUUUUUGAGACGUUUUAUAGCAAACCAAAGGAACCAAGUAUUGUGUCUUUGUGCACAUGUAGAAACAUAUGUAAUACAUUAUUAUUUAUACUAAUUAUAUGAAGUACUAAAAAUGUAUAAAACUGUAAUUGUGCAGUAUAUUUGCAAAUAAAGAGGAAUAUUUUUUUAA